AUGGAGCCACUUCACAUCACCGAGUUCGCCUCGAGGCGAUAUUAUGAGAAGCUUGACCAACUACCCAAAGAACCACAACAGAAUGAUGUUGAGGCUCAGGUGGAGGGCUCUUCGGCCAAAACAACCAUCGAGUUCGCGGCUAGAGAAGGAGAAGGAGAAGGAGAGGCGAGACGGCCUUCGAUUGCAUCGGUGGCAUCGGCAAGCUCCAUUGUCGAGAGCACAGCCCCCAAACGCAGCAGUCUACCGUUCGACCAGUUAUUCUUGAACCUACCCAAUGAGCUCAAGAUUCAGGUCAUCGCCUCGUUGCCGUUGUCAGAUGUGCUCAACCUUCGGCUAGCAUCGAGAGCAUGGCACGGUAUGGUCACCUUAAACGAAGUGCCUAUAGUGCGCUACCAGCUAGACCAUCAAGUCCCUGCAUACGCCAAGCGCCUCUACCCGGUACCAGAUGCCUCCGGGUACAACUUACACUACCUCUGCAGCCUGUGGCACCGACUACAUGUCGCCGCCAAGCUCGCGAGGCGCAUGUGCGACUGGUGCACAAAGGAGAUCUUUUUGAAGACCACCAGGGAGCAGGUGGCAUCAUUCGCCGGCCAGCGGGAGCGCAUGUAUCGACGACUUAUACCCUUACUCUUCACCAUAUUUCACUUUUUCGAAAACUACCGGCGACUGCACGUGCAAUACAUCCAGGAGCACGGCUAUGGCCUCUCGCGCACACCAUACACGACUCACCCCAUCGAAACACAGAUCAUGAACAUGUACGAUGAUCGAACAUUAUUACAGGUCCACCAGAUCUUCCCCAUGGUCGUAUCAUCCUUCAGCCGGCGCUUACGGCCUCCGUCGUAUGUCGGUCGGCUGGAGAAGACCAUCCGGGGUUAUCUGCGGGACGAACCUGCGGACGAGGUCAAAACAGCGGUGCUUUGUCUCGGUGGCUUGAGGCAAGUCCUGAGAUGUUGGGAGGUGCACGGCUAUAACACGAGGAUCACUUCCGUGGAGACAUGGUAUAAUAGUAUCCACAGCGCCAAAGAACCACCCAGACCAGCCGAGACGAGCAGCAAGGACAAUGCGAACUGGCAGAUCCGAGACGCCGCGAAGGCCGACGAUACGGCGAGACCAAACCGAGGCUCCCUCGAGCAAGUCAAUUCGAGAAACUCAAUCACCGGGCCGUCAAAUAUGAUUUUUAACACGAGCCUGGCGGCGGGUAUGCCCAUGGACCAACUCGACCAAGACCAGUUCCAGCGUCUCCUAUCCGAUCUGCCACCCCUCCAAAAGCUGUGGCUAUUUAACGCCGAGGUCAUGAUUCUCGACCGCAGGAUCGUCGAGCGCUCAGUGGACAUUAAGCGCAACGCGCAGGUGCUGAUAGACCUGAUCAAGGAACACGGAGUGGUUGAGGAGGAUAUCUGGUGGUAUGGAAUGGUCGAUACCGAAUCGAUACGGCCGCCGCCCUUGGAGGCUAUCGAGGAGGAUCCUAUUGAAUAAGAGUGUGGAUUUUCCAAUUUGGAAAGCGGGAAGCGAUAUCAUUUUUCUUCUUUGUCAUCAUCAACAACAUCGACAUCAUUGCGUCUCCUUUGUCAUGUCCCACAUGAGGAAAGCAAGCAUUCACAGGCGUUUCUCUUUUUAACACAAUCGAGUGGACUUGGGGGUUUUCAAGGGAUCAGUUCUUACAUGGCCUGGAGCGUGCGAAAUAUCCUAAUUUCUUGACAUAUGAAACACUUAUUCAUAAC